AUGGAGAAAAAUCUCGAAAAGGUCGAAGGACCUCCAGCUUAUACAAAUGAGGGUACUUUGAUUAAACCUCAAGCUCGCGAACCGUACGAUUCCGGCGUCUCCUUCGAGGAAUAUUAUUACUAUGCGAAGAAGACUAGGAAAGAGCAGGAGGCUUUGGAGCCGCCCGUGCUGAAUAUUCGACAGUAUUUCAAGAAAGGCAGUACAGAUACAGAUAAUGAGCCGGCAGAAGAGAUUACUACGCAUCUCACUGAGGAGGACUUCACGAAUCGCGCGAAGAGGCUUGAGAUUUCCGAUGAGGAGUGGACGAAUGCCAGUCGAGCCUUUCGAUCCGCUUCUUGGGGCGCAUGUUUCUACUUGAUUACGACGGAUAUUCUAGGACCAUAUGGAUCUGGUUUUGCAAUGGGUACUCUUGGAUGGGGUCCAGGCAUCGCAUUCUACACCGUCUUCGGAUUCAUGGUUGGAUACUCCGGAUACCUGAUCUGGCGCGUUUAUCUCGGCGUCGACAGCUACGAGUUCCCAGUAAAGAACUACGGCGAUCUCGGGUUCAGAACAUUCGGUCACGGUGGCCGGCAUCUUACGAACAUUCUACAAGGACUCGGACUAUUAUUGAUAACGGGCCAAGUGACGAUUCAAUACGGCGAAAACAUUUCUCAGAUAUCGAAGUUUAAGCUAUGCUAUGCCGUUUGUCCGGUCCUUUUCGCUAUCGCUGGAUUCUUCAUUACCCAGAUUCGAACCUUAAAGGCAUAUGGCUGGAUCGCGAACCUUGCAGUUUGGUUGAACAUCUUUGUCAUUUUCAUGACGAUGGGUGUUAUGGCUAACUCGGAGCCGAAUUUCGCUAUUUCUACCCUUGGUUCUGCGGGGAGUGCGACUGAUCCAACAACUAUUACUAAAGUCAACGGCUCCUACCCGCCUAUUAUUCACUAUGCCAAUAUUCCACCUGGAAAUGGUCUUAUUGGCUCUGUCAAUGGAAUGUUAUCUGGUGUUCUUGCGUAUGCAGGUGCUCAGCUGUUCGUCGAGUUUAUGGCUGAGAUGAGACGCCCCCAGGACUUUAUCAAGGCUAUGUGGAGUGCCCAGUUCUUCAUUUAUAGUGUCUAUCUUACCUACGGCUGUGUGGUUUACCAUCUCCAGGGACAAUACAGCUUCAACCCCAGCUACCAAGGUGUUAGCAUCUAUGGAUGGCAAACUCUCGGCAAUAUGGUUACAUUGAUCGCUGCCCUGAUUGCGGGUGGUCUCUAUGGCAAUAUCGGUAUAAAGGUCGUAUAUAACAAUAUCCUCGUUGAUAUCUUCAAAGUACCACCUAUGGAUACCCACCGCGGUAAACUUAUCUACGCCCUCCUGGUUCCAUUGUGGUGGAUCAUCGCUUUCAUCAUCGGUGCCGCUAUUCCCGACUACUUUGGCUUCGUCAGUGUCAUGUCUGCCUCUAUGCUGCUUAAUCUGAGCUAUACGCUGCCUCCAUUGUUCGCGCUGGGAUUUGAUAUUCAGAAGAAUUCUAUCCGCGCAGAGGAUGGGGACGGGUUUGAUCCGACUACCGGUCCUGUUGCGAGUAGUGGAUCCGUGACGCAGCGAUGGGUGAGGGGGUUCUUUGCUGGCGGGUCGUUCCAGGUUGCGAUCAAUAUCUGGCAUGUCAUUUACUUUUUGGCUUCGCUGUCUAUGUGUGGUUUGGGAAUGUGGGCGGCUGUUAUUGGUAUGAUCGAUGCAUUCAAGAUCCCACAACUGAACUCGUUCUCCUGUGUGUCGCCUCUGAAUCUCAAUGCGUGA